AAGUACCUACAUUAAGUGACACUACACUUAGCCAUUUUAAUUAUCAAAAAUUAUGGAGUUACAAGUGAAUCAAGAUGUGGAAUUGAGAAAACUAUCCACAGCGCCGCUCUGUCGCAUAGCAGACGUGUUGGAAACCAAUAGUGAUUGGAAAAAGGUCAUGUCUCUCAUAACAAAGAACCCAAUGGAUGAAAACUCAGGCCUGAAGUACAAUAAUGAACAUAUGAGAUUGAUAGAAGAACACGCAAAGACAACAGGCAAGAAAUGUGCAGAAAUUCUAUUUGACGAAUGGGGCACGUCUGGCAGGAUCAGACCAACAUUACGGAUCCUAAAGGAAAUCAUUAAGAAGGCUGAGAUAUACCGAGCUGCUGAUGUCAUUGCUGAGAUAUUGAAUGAGCCAGCACCACCCAGGCCCACAAAAGGCCCAGCGGCCCCUAUACCAGGCAUUACAAUGCUACUCAACAAUUUAGACAUGGACACCAAUCAGACAGGACUCAACCAGAAAAACCAGGACCGAAACCAGUAUCGGAACCAGUCCCUCAAUAUGACACCAAAUGUGAACAACGACACUACAAUACAAAUGCUCUCAAGUGCAAACAUUCCAGUAGUUAUAGAAUCUAUAGGAAACAAAUCAACUCAUAAACUAGAAUCGGCUCCAGAUUUAAUCAAAUUCUCUGAGUCAAUGAAUCUACCCGAUUUCAGCGCUCUAAUACCUAAGACAUCAACACAAGAUUCUAAUCUAUCAAUACCAGCAUUAUUAGAACGAAAAUCGCCAGAUAUAUCAAGGAUAGAUAACUCUAUAAUCAGAAGCAUAGAUUUAGUUCACUUCAGUUAUACAGAUCUGCAGACUAUUACGCACAAAUUCUUUGAUCAGCUCUUCACGAGUCAAUUCGGACCAACAGGCCGAAUAGGAUCAGGCGGUUUUGGAGAAGUGUACGUAGGCUACCAUCCGAAUUACGGUCAAGUAGCUGUGAAACGAUUUAAGGAUUUGCAUAUAGCUGAGAAGCCAGAUGUCGCUAUAAAGGCUUUCAAUUCUGAGGUUAAAAGUUUGUUAAAUUUGAAACAUACCAAUAUUGUGCCUAUAAUUGGUUACUCAAUAGAUGGUCCGGCCUUGUGUUUAGUUUGCGAAUAUGUUGAAGGAGGUUCCUUGGAGCAGAAUUUAGCUGCAAAAAGGUUAAAUGAGAAGCAGAGAGUUGGUAUUAUAUUAGGCACAGCAGAAGGACUGAAGUAUGUGCACAAAACUGAGAAAUUAGUCAGUAGUGAAGUGGGAAGUUCUGAAAAGAGUUCAAUGAAGAAGAAUUAUUAUAUGCAUGGAGAUGUUAAGAGUGCUAAUAUUUUGUUGACUAAGGAUUACGUUCCAAAGCUAUGCGAUUUUGGGAUGGCCAAACACGUAGAGCACACUGUCUUCACCACGACUUUAAUGGGCACCCACGCCUACAUGGCCCCGGAAGGCUUCUCCGGCACCGUAACCCAGAAGAUUGACAUAUACAGCUUCGGAAUCGUCCUCCUGGAACUUCUUACCGGACUGAAACCGAUUUUAGUGGAUGUGAAAAUGAAUAUAAAGGAUUACGUUGAAGAGAAUUGUAAGGACGGUGAUAUUAGCGGACUGUUGGAUCCGUUGGUGAAGGACUGGAAGCAAGCGAGUGAUGUGUACGGGUUAGCGGUGAGGUGUUUGGAACGGAAUAGACAUGAUAGGCCGUCUAUGGAUGUAGUCUGUGAUAUUUUGAAUAAUAUUUUGAAGUAGCUUUUAACAUAGGACUUUUUCCUAAUAGAAUGUGACGGCAUCACUAACGUCACACGCCAAAUGUCCAUCAUAGCGAAGAAAAUGACGCGCUCAGCAAAUAGCAGCGAAAAAUCUAAAUCGCGCAAAGAAAGUUGUCACGGAGCAUAAAUACAGCCGCCGACUAAACAUCGCCGGAGCCACUGUUGAGUGGUUCGACACUUUUUUGGUUUGGUUCCCGUAUCAAUACAGCACACCCCUUCAUAUUUUACAAAAUUGUGAAUAUCCCAAAAACUACCUUGCCUAUUAAAUGAACGAACUCGGAAAUUGUAUUGAUAAAUCCUACAUAUACUUAUCUGUAUCAAAUAGCAGAUACCCAUCAACGCUACAUUUUGUUCUCAAUUUAUAGCAUAACUAAAAUUGGAAAAUUCAUACCAACAGUAAAAUCUUAGUAUACAAAAAAAAAAAAAAAUCCUACAUAUAUUUUAAAUUGUAUCAAAAUCGAACCACCA